GAGAGAUGCGGCUUAGUGAGGGGAGCACUUCAACUGCAAGACAAAUAGCUAUAUCACUGAAAAACGGACGGGUUCAUUGUAAUAUGUCCUCGAAACGUUUUUGGGAUAUUUAGCCCAUGUUUUGAUGCAGUCUACCUAUGUAGCCUACACCGGGGAGGUAACUGUAGCCAAGCGAAACAGUGAAGAACAGGCGGCCGGUUGAGGACAGCCGGGGACUCUCACAGCUACUUUCAGAGAUGUCCCUUCUCUGUGUCAGAGUGAAGAAAGCCAAGCUGGAUGGACCCCAAGAGAAGUUCAACACGUACUUGACCCUGAAGGUGCAGAAUGUGAAGAGCACCACCAUCGCUGUCCGGGGCAGCAUGCCCAGUUGGGAGCAGGACUUCAUGUUUGAGAUCAACAGGCUGGACCUGGGGCUGACGGUGGAGGUGUGGAAUAAAGGGUUAAUAUGGGACACCAUGGUGGGAACAGUGUGGAUCCCCCUGCACAGCAUCCGCCAAUCAAACGUGGAGAGUCCGGGGGACUGGCUGACCCUGGACUCCCAGGCCAUCAUGGCAGACAACGAUAUCUGUGGAACCAAAGACCCCACCUUACACCAGGUGCUGCUGGACACACGCUUUGAACUGCCUCUGGAUAUCCCUGAGGAGGAGGCACGCUAUUGGGCCAAAAAACUGGAGCAACUCAACGCCAUGAGAGAUCAGGAUAUAACUAACCAGUACCCAUACCAAGAAGUCCAGGAGCGACCACUUCCUGUCCCAGGGACACAGUGCUGUAACUGGAGUCUGUGGGGAGACCAACAAAAUGAGGACCCAGACAGUGCUGUGGAUGACAGAGACAGUGACUAUCGCAGUGAGACCAGUAAUGGCAUCCCUCCUCCUUACUACACCACGUCCCAGCCCAAUGCCUCCGUCCACCAGUACCCCAUCAGAGAUCAGCAGAACCACCGCUCCUCCUAUCCCCCCUCUAACAGCUGUGAACCCCUCGACUACCACCAGAGGGCCAUCAGUCCGACGGGAAGCUAUGCAUCGUCGGCAGAGUUGAGUCACUGCAGCAGCCAGCUGAGUGAGGAGGAGUACGGCCCGGAAUACAGAGAGCGAGACCCUUAUGAUGAGAAUGACUCCUACCACUCCUGCCACUCCUCUGUCAGCUACAGCAAAGGUUCUCCCGACUGGGACCCCGAUGAGACCCAGGGGGCGUAUAGCGACGAGGGGGGCUACAGUAAGGAUGGGGGUGAGGAGGGGGCCAUCUAUGAGGAGGAUGAUGGUGGUCUGUAUGAGGAAGAGGUGGCGAAUGAAGGAGAGGGGCACAUAUAUGACGAUGAUGAUUAUCUUCUGGAUGGGACCCUCAGUGAGGAUAUCCCCUACACCCCUACCCCCACCAGCACGGCACCCCCCACACUGGACGUCCCAGGUGCUUCUAGACCCCCUCUGCAGAAACAGCCCUCUCUGCAUCAACAUCAGGCGCCACCCAGCCAACCGCCCAGGCAAGCCCCAAAUCUGGCCCACCCUCCGGGCAUGGCUCCAAGAGGACAGCCCCCGGGACAGGCAUCCACCCAGGCCCCUCAAGCCCAGUCUCAUCCCCAGCCAGCCCCUGCCCCAGCCCAGUCCUUCUUCUCCAUGGCCAAACCCUUCUCAGCAGCAGUAACAGGCCUGGCCUCCUCUUUUCUGUCUUCUGGAGUCCCUACUGCCCAACCUGCUCAGGCUCACCCCCCAGCUUCACAACCCCAUCCCCAGUCUGCCUCCUCCAUUCCCCCAUCUCACCCCGCCAUUACCUCCCAUGGGCCCCAGUCCACAACCACUGGCCCCCCCUCUCAGCUGACCACCUCCACUGCAUCUCCCUCUGUUGCACAUACAACCACCCAAUCAGAGGACCCUGAUGCCAAACCCCCCCUGCCGGAGGACCAACUCCUCCUAGAGGAAGACAAACCCCUUCCCCAAAAAAUUAGGACCCUUACCCCGACAGAGGAGGAGCACCCCAUGGAAGAUGAGGACCAACGGUAUGACGAGAGUCGUCUCCCCACCCCCGUAGAGGAGGAGGAGCCCCUCCCAGAGAGUCCUCCUGUAGAUGAGGAGCCCAAGGAGCCGGUGGACCCGUCCGUAAGGGCUAGGGAGAACUGGCGACGAAUCAUCGACAAGGUCCAACAGCAGCUUCGAGAGUUUCAUGUCAUUGCCAUAGCGAUAAUCACAUACGCUCUGGUCGGCCAUGAUUGGAGCAGAUUGACAGGCACGAGGAGAGACAUCCAAUUCCUUGUGGUUUGGUUAAGGUUGUUUUACCUGCUCAGGGUAGGAGAGGUUCUGUACAGCAUCGACAGCAUGCCUGACCUACGCAAGAAGAAAGGCCCCACCCUGGUCAGAGACCUCUUACAGGCCAUGUCUAUGGCCUCUCAGAAUGCUCGUAAGGCUGGGAUCACCACGGCGAUGGCCUGCAGCACCCUUGGCAAUGAGGACCUGAAGAGUCAUGUGUACAAGAAGACUCUACAGGCUCUGAUCUACCCCAUCUCCUGCACCACGCCCCAUAACUUUGAGGUGUGGACGGCCACCACACCCACCUACUGCUACGAGUGUGAGGGGCUGCUGUGGGGCAUCGCCCGCCAGGGCAUGAGGUGCUCCGAGUGCGGGGUCAAAUGUCACGACAAGUGCCAGGACCUUCUCAAUGCCGACUGCCUGCAGAGGGCAGCGGAGAAGAGUUCUAAGCAUGGGGCGGAGGACCGAACCCAGAACAUCAUCAUGGUUUUAAAGGACAGGAUGAAGAUCAGAGAGAGGAACAAACCAGAAAUCUUCGAGCUCAUCCAGGAAGUGUUUAGUGUCAUCAAGGCGACGCACGGCACGCAGAUGAAGCAGAUCAAACAGAGCGUGCUCGAUGGGACGUCCAAGUGGUCGGCCAUGAUCAGCAUGACUGUGCAGUGUGCACAGGGCCUUCAGGCCAAGGACAAGACUGGCUCCAGUGAUCCCUACGUCACAGUUCAGGUGGGCAAGACCAAGAAGAGGACCAAGACCAUCUAUGGUAACCUCAACCCUGUCUGGGAUGAGAACUUCCACUUCGAAUGCCACAACUCGUCGGACCGGAUCAAGGUACGCGUGUGGGACGAAGACGAUGACAUCAAGUCCAGGGUGAAGCAGAAGUUCAAACGGGAGUCCGAUGACUUCCUGGGUCAGACCAUCAUCGAGGUCCGCACACUCAGCGGCGAGAUGGACGUAUGGUACAACCUGGACAAGAGAACAGACAAGUCGGCUGUGUCUGGAGCCAUCCGGAUGCACAUCAGUGUAGAGAUCAAAGGAGAGGAGACUGUGGCUCCCUACCAUGUCCAGUACACCUGCCUACACGAACACCUGUUCCAGUACACUACAGAGGAGCAGAACAGUGGUGUGGUGAAGAUACCUGAUGCCAAAGGAGACGACGCGUGGAAGGUGUACUUCGAGGAGACUCCUCAGGAGAUCGUGGAUGAGUUCGCCAUGCGUUACGGAGUGGAGUCCAUCUACCAGGCUAUGACCCAUUUUGCAUGCCUGUCGUCUAAGUACAUGUGCCCUGGUGUACCCGCGGUGAUGAGUACCCUUCUGGCCAACAUCAAUGCCUACUAUGCUCACACCACCCAGUCCACCAAUAACGUCUCGGCAUCAGACCGCUUCGCCGCAUCCAACUUUGGAAAGGACAGGUUUGUGAAACUUCUAGACCAGCUCCACAACUCUCUGAGGAUUGACCUUUCCAUGUACAGGAAUAACUUCCCGGCUAGUAGCCCUGAGAGGCUGCAGGACCUCAAGUCCACUGUAGACCUGCUGACCAGCAUCACCUUCUUCAGAAUGAAGGUCCAGGAGCUGCAGAGCCCCCCCAGGGCCAGUCAGGUGGUGAAGGACUGUGUCAAAGCCUGUCUCAACUCCACAUACGAAUACAUCUUCAACAACUGCCACGAACUCUAUGGCAGAGAGUACCAGACAGACCCUGCUAAGGCUGACAUUCCAGAAGAGCAGGGUCCCAGCAUCAAGAACUUGGAUUUCUGGUCCAAACUCAUCACCCUCAUCGUCUCCAUCAUAGAAGAGGACAAGAACUCCUACACACCCUGUCUCAACCAGUUUCCUCAGGAACUGAACGUGGGCAUCAUCAGUGCUGAGGUCAUGUGGAACAUGUUUGCUCAAGACAUGAGAUAUGCCAUGGAGGAGCAUGAGAAGAACCGCCUAUGUAAGAGUGCUGAUUACAUGAACCUGCACUUCAAGGUUAAGUGGCUCUACAAUGAAUACUGUAAAGAGCUGCCCACCUUCCAGAAACGUGUACCUGAGUAUCCAGCGUGGUUUGAGCCGUUUGUCAUCCAGUGGUUGGACGAGAACGAGGAAGUGUCCAGAGACUUCCUGCACGGUGCCCUAGUGAGGGACACAAAGGACGGGUUCCAGGUAACGUCUGAGCAUGCUCUGUUCUCAUGCUCGGUGGUGGACGUGUUCUCCCAGCUCAACCAGAGCUUUGAGAUCAUACGCAAGCUAGAGUGUCCCGACCCCCAGAUCGUAGGCAGCUACAUGAAGAGAUUCGCCAAGACCAUCGGCAAUGUCCUGCUGUCCUAUGCUGAGAUCAUUUCCAAAGAGUUCCCCAAACAGUGCGGGAACAAAGAGAAAGAGAAAGUGCCUUGUAUCAUCAUCAAUAACAUCCAGCAGCUGAGAGUGCAGCUGGAGAAGAUGUUUGAGGCCAUGGGAGGCAAAAAUCUUAACGUGGAGGCCAGUGACUUCCUGAAGGACCUGCAAUUAAAGCUCAACAACGUCAUGGACGACCUUAGUAGGAUAUUUGCCGUCAGUUUCCAGCCCCAUAUUGAGGAGAACGUGAAGCAGAUGGGCGACAUCCUGGGCCAGGUGAAGGGACAGACUGUUACUGACAACAACAGCGUGGCCGGGGACGCAGACAACGUCCUGCAGCCCAUCAUGGACUUCCUCGACACCAACUUGUCACUGUUUGCUAAGAUCUGCGAGAAGACCGUGCUGAAGAGAGUGCUGAAGGAACUGUGGAAACUGGUUAUUAACACUAUGGAGAAAAGCAUUGUGCUCCCACCAUUCACAGACCAGUCAGGCACUCAGUUGAUCCUGAAUGCAGCUAAGGAGUUGGGCCAGCUCUCCAAGCUCAAGGAGCACAUGGUGCGAGAGGAGGCCAAGGCUCUCACUCCUAAACAGUGUGCCGUCAUAGAGCUCGCAUUGGACACUAUUAAGCAAUACUUCCAUGCGGGCGGUGUGGGCCUGAAGAAGACGUUCCUGGAGAAGAGUCCUGACCUGAAGUCUCUGCACUACGCCCUGUCCCUCUACACACAACACACUGACAAGCUCAUCAGGAAGUUUGUCCUCUCCCAAAACACUCAGGUCCAUGGAGGGAAGGGGGUCAGGUAUACCCUGAAUGAAGACACAUUACCAGAGAAGGGGUCGGGAGUGGAGGAGCCAAUCGGAGAGGUGGUCAUGCAUGUGGAGAUCUUCACCCACCCCAACACUGGAGAACACAAGAUCACUGUGAGAGUGGUGGCUGCCAAUGACAUUAAGUGGCAGACCCAGGGGAUCUUCCGUCCCUUCGUGGAGGUCUACAUCAUCGGUCCCCACCUCAGUGACAAGAAGAGGAAACACGCCACCAAGUCCAAGAACAACAGCUGGUCGCCCAAGUUUAACGAGACCUUUCAGUAUUCCCUGGGAAGUGAGUUGGGUCCUGAGGGUUAUGAGCUGCAGCUGUGUGUGAAGGACUACUGCUUCGCCAGGGAGGACCGUACAGUGGGCAUGGCCCUGAUGCAGUUGAAGGACAUGGCCUCUAGGGGCAGCGUGACGUGCUGGCUCCCCCUGGGGAAGAGGGUCCACAUGGACGAGACGGGCCUGACAGUACUGAGGAUCCUAUCCCAACGCAACAACGAUGAGGUGGCCAAAGAGUUUGUCAAGCUGAAGUCAGACCAGCGCCCUGCUGAAGAGGGACAGGGAAGCUGAGAGAGAACAGGUCGAGAGAUACUGAUGCAGACACACACAGUCACGGAACAUACACAGGGGUACACAUGUAUUCAUACACCGCACAAAAACGUGCACUGUACAUACACACAAACAAUACAGGCAAACACAUACGUGAACCCACACAACAUAUGCAUAUGUUAUACAAAACAUGGUCAUAAACACACUAAUGAUCUCUAUCACAAUGAUUUAGCACGUGUCCAAACACUGACCAACGGUUCCUUCGGCCAUAGAUAGAUUUUGUACACCUAUCAAUCAGUUUAUCAAUUUCUGCUGCUCCCUUUCACUCUUGCAUAUUACAUCCAAUUUUUCUAUACAUUUAAUGCAGAAAUGUUAGAUUGUGAAAAAAAUAUCACCUGAGGAGUUAUGGAUGACUUUGCACUUUGACCUCUGCAUGUUCAGGAGAGCAGCCCUAACCCUAACCCCAACUCUUACUCCUCUGUCUGUUUCUGUAUGUCUGUCUGUCAAUAUAACAGUCUGUUGUUCUCUCUCUCUUUUUUUUAUGUUGUGCUGUCUUCCUGCUGUGUGAUGUGUUCUGGGUAGAAGAUGCCAUAAGGCACAGGUCUAGGAUCAGCGUACAAUCCCCUUGUCCUCACUUUGCCUGUUAGGGAGGGGGAAAUUUAACUCUGAUCUUACAGCGCCUUCGGAAAGUAUUCAGACCCCUAGACAUUUUCCACAUUUUGUUGCGUUACAGCCUUGUUCUAAAAUGUAUUAAAUGUAUUUUUUACUCAUCAAUCCACACACAAUACCCCAUAAUG